UGGCAUCACCUGAUCAUACGCCCCGCCUACCUUACGUGUAUCUCUCAAUCCCAUUCAAGUGAAUCAACUCUUCUUCUCCCUCUUUCUUUCGUAAUGGCCACUGCUGAAGUAGCCCAACUCCCUUUCUCUGCCACGUCAUUGGAGAAUGCCAGAAAGGCCAAAGUCUCUACACAGAAUUUUUAUGAGAAUUUGCUGAUACAAGACAGGGACAGAACAAACAGAUGGAAGAAAUUAGAACAAUCAAUGUCAGAGUUAGAGCUAGCGGACGAAGAAAGGGAAGAGAGAAGGAAGCAGCACGCUCAGAAAGAGACCCAAUUUCUAAGACUCAGACGUUCAAGACUCGGAAAGAAAGACUUUAAACGUCUUAAGAUAAUAGGACGAGGAGCGUUUGGUGAAGUGGUGCUGGUACAGAAGAUUGACACCGGCCAUGUGUAUGCUAUGAAAGUGCUGAGAAAGUCUGACAUGGUCGAGAAAGAACAGAUAGCACAUGCUCGUGCUGAGAGAGAUAUUCUUGUAGAGGCUGACAAUCCCUGGGUAGUGAAGAUGUACUAUUCAUUUCAAGAUGCUAUCAACCUCUACUUCAUAAUGGAGUUUCUUCCAGGAGGUGAUAUGAUGACAUUGCUGAUGAAGAAAGACAUUCUCUCUGAGGACGUCACUCGGUUCUACAUAGCAGAGUCUAUUCUUGCUGUAGACUCCAUACAUAAAAUGAGUUUCAUUCAUCGAGACAUAAAACCAGACAAUCUCCUACUGGAUAGUAGGGGUCACAUCAAAUUGUCUGAUUUUGGCUUGUGUACUGGGUUAAAGAUUGCACACAGAACUGAGUUUUACAGAGACUUGAGUAACGUUGAUCUUUCUGAUCCUCAAGAUUCUCGCCGUUUCUCACAGACAUGGAAAAAGACUAGGAGAGACAGAGCUUUUUCUACAGUGGGUACUCCGGACUAUAUAGCUCCUGAGGUUUUCAUGCAAACUGGUUACACCCACUUGUGUGAUUAUUGGUCUCUUGGGGUCAUCAUGUACGAAAUGUUAAUGGGGUUUCCUCCCUUCUGUUCUGAAAAACCUCAAGAUACUUACCGUAAGAUUAUGAAUUGGCGACAACAUUUAAUAUUUUCACCGGAACUCCCCACGAUUUCAAAAGACGCUGAAAGCUUGAUUAGAAGCUUACUUUGCGACUCACAGCACAGACUGGGACAAGAUGUGGAAGAAAUAAAACGACAACCUUUCUUUAGAGGAACUGAUUGGGACCACAUCCGCGACCGACCGGCCUCUAUACCGGUCCAUGUGAAGCACAUGGCCGACACGUCAAAUUUUGAUGAUUUUGAGGAGCUCGAGCAUCAAAAAGAUCAUGAGGAAAGCGAGAGCGAUUCCAAGGACUGGGUAUUUCAAAACUUCACCUUCAAAAGGUUCGAGGGCUUAACUCAACGAGGCCACGUUCGUCUUUGAAGUAACGCUCAUUAUAUAUCAUAUCAUAUCAUAUUAUCAUUAUUAUUAUUGUUAUUAUUAUUAUUGUUUUUGUUUUUGUUGAUGUUGUUGUUGGUGUGUUUUAUUUUUAGAAUUAGCCAAAAUUCUAUCCUUACAAAUUGAA